GAUCCACCCAUCCUCGCCUCGACCGAAUGAAAGGCUAUGGUUUUCUCCUGGAGGAUUUUUUGGGCAUUCCUCUUCUCCCCGAUUAGUUGUGAUCUCAGUUGGGAUUUCUUUGGCUUCAUGCUGAGAAAAGGAUUUUUUUUCAACCUUUUGCUAAGAAUCCGGUGGUGAUCAAGGAAAAGGGGGGAAAUAAAUCAUUCACCCUGGCCGAGAAAACACAAGCACUGAGAAGUCUCCAAGAAAUAGACCACGUGAGGGGGAAAAACUGGGAGAAGACCCGGAAUACCAUCGUUUUUCCUAUGGUAAAACCGGUGCCCCUCUUCAGGAAAACUGAUUUCCAAUUAUUAUUAUGCAACCACAGGGAUCUCUUCUUUCUCAGGGUGUCUAAGCUGCUGGAUUGCUUUUCGCCCAAAUCAAUGUGGUUUCUUUGGAACAUUUUCAGCAAAGGAACGCAUAUGCUGCAGUGUCUUUGUGGCAAGAGUCUUAAGAAAAACAAGAACCCAACUGAUCCCCAGCUCAAGGGAAUAGUGACCAGGUUGUAUUGCAGGCAAGGCUACUACUUGCAAAUGCACCCCGAUGGAGCUCUCGAUGGAACGAAGGAUGACAGCACGAAUUCCACACUGUUCAACCUCAUCCCAGUGGGACUACGUGUCGUCGCUAUCCAGGGAGUGAAGACAGGGUUGUAUAUAGCCAUGAAUGGAGAAGGCUACCUCUACCCAUCAGAACUUUUUACCCCUGAAUGCAAGUUUAAAGAAUCCGUUUUUGAAAACUAUUAUGUAAUCUAUUCAUCCAUGCUAUACAGACAACAGGAAUCUGGUAGAGCCUGGUUUUUGGGAUUAAAUAAAGAAGGGCAGGCUAUGAAAGGCAAUCGAGUAAAGAAAACCAAACCAGCAGCUCAUUUUCUACCCAAGCCAUUGGAAGUCGCCAUGUACCGAGAACCAUCUUUGCACGAUGUUGGAGAAACGGUCCCGAAGGCUGGGGUGACGCCGAGUAAAAGCACAAGUGCGUCUGCAAUAAUGAAUGGAGGCAAGCCAGUCAACAAGAGCAAGACCACAUAGCCAGAUCCUCGCGGGCGUUGUGACUUACUUGUCCUGAGCACCGCUGAGCGAUUUAUCUCCUUCCCAGACAUUCCUACUCCUGUGGCUGCCAAGCGGCGGGAGCAAGCUGAUGCUGGCUUUGUGCUGUCUUGAAACGUCUUUGUACUGCAGUGGAUAGAUCUGAACCUGUGGGUGCCCCCCCACGACAAGAAGACACGUGGACAACCAGCUAACUCAGACCAUGGAAUGCCCUACCAGAUAUGGAAUGCCUUUUUACUCUCUUUUCUGUGACUGUGACACUUUCUGUGAAUGACGUCCUUCACAAGUACACUCUAUACCUUUGCCUGCUGACAGCUACCCAUAACCCUUUUUGAGUCCCGUUUCAGCGAAAUCCAUGUGUUUCAGUUCGAUUUUGUAGCCCACAGAUAAUAUCGAGUAAUUUCUAGUUAGACGCUGUAAACCUGUGCUAUCCUGGAGUUCUCUUCUCCUUUUUACAAGGCUGCUCACUCCACUGUUCUGUGACCUUUUGGCAGGGAUUGUGACCCUCGGAAUCUCAAAUGUUGCAGUUGGCAUAGACUGGAGAGCAAAUCAGGGAAUGGGGGGAAGCCUUCUAAACCUAUUACGACAAAUCGCAUCUAUAAAGAUUUAAGAUUGUUGUCUCCGGCUCACAUUAUUGAUUAAACACACAUACAUGCUGUAUCCAGUAGCAGAUACUGUGCUCCCAAGAUGGCCAUUGCCCGGGUGGGACAAGGGUCAAACACAAUCAUGGAAAGCUUUCUACGAUCAGUGUUUGGCAUCCUCUCUAGUUUCUUUGUGUGCGUGUGUGUUUUAUACAUAUCACAAGCUUACUGGUAAUGGUAACAUUUGCCUUGCCCAGCGAGCAAGACCCACUGGUUUUUGAGAAAGUGGGUCCAAAGAUUUCUGUAGGCCUUGUGGGCCUGAUUAAGGUUCAUCUUUUUUUUUUUCAUCUAUGAAUCCUCAUUAUUGGGAAAAAUAAAAUUAAAAAGAAAUGAAAAACUCAGUCAUUACAGCCAACAAGAAAUGCACUACCUAAAUCCAUUUCCAACAGAGUCCUUCCUAUUUUUAACGGACGGAACUUGAUGUCCUCCAUGUUUCUGGGCUGUGUUUCCCUCAUACUUAGCCAAGCAUGGGCAAAGGCGGCUGUUGUGUUCUUUCUUGCAGCAGCAAUGCAAACAUUAGUUAUCCAUUAGACUUCAAUAUUUUUGGUGUUAAUGAGAAGUUUUUAAACUGGACGUAUUAGGAAAAAAUAUAUUAUUUUUAGCUCAGCAUGCUGAGUGUGGUACUGUGGAUCUCACCAGUACAAUACAGACCCCUAUCUCAACUUUUGGGGGCGCCAUGUUGCCGAAAGGCUAGGUUAGAGGUGCCUUGCCAUCAUCUCAGAAUACCAUCUGUCGAAUAUCCUAGAUUAAAGAAAAUAAAAUCAAGGCAGACCAACACACUCCAAACAAUAGGUUUUGGCGCCAUCCAAUUUUAUUUGUUUUAGUUUGCUUUUCAUUUCCUUUGGGACUGAAUCUGGCUAAAUUGGGAGCUUAGGGAAGACAACUAUUUUUCUUUUUCUUUAAAAAAAAAACAGGCCACAAAUAGUUGACAACACAGUGAAGAUUUCAUGCAAAAUGUUCACUAUUGGAUAUAAAGAGCUUCAAAAUGUUUAAUACUAAGCUGUUUGGAAAUAUAUUUGUUAACUCUGUGUACACUUAAUAAAUUUCAAUGUUUUCUUCUCAGAAGAGUGAUUUGAGACCAAACUGCACCUCAUUUAGAGAACACAGCUGAUGUGUGAUCGAUGUACUGGCCUCUUGCUGUUACGGCGGUGUGGAAGGAUGACCAGUUGCCAUUUGCCCCAUGUGCACUGUAUUUACUGGGAAAUUAUUAUUUUGUCACUGCUUUCAUAAAUCUCCGUGACAGCCCUUGCCCAGCAUUUAAAAUUUUUGGCCUUGCUUAGCUGAUUAAAGAUUCAUUAUAAAUUUAACUGCUUAUGCUCAUUUCAUUUCCAUAUUGGAUUCCAUUUUAAUAAAUAAAAAGUUAGCAUAA